CCCAGCUGUGUCUCAAUGAAGAGUGACCACUCCAUGAAUCAUCCUGUUAGCUUUAAAGAUGGACGCCCCUCCAGAGAGGAGAGACACCAGAAGAGCUCAAAUGUUAGCAGUGCUCAGUCGGUACAGCAGCAUCAAACAGAGCUGAUCAAGAGGGCUGAGGAGGUUCCCUUCCUUCAUUACCCGCAAGGCUCAGAGAGUCAGAGGGAGGAGGAGGAUGGUAAGAACAAAGAGCAGAGGAGGCGUGCCAUAGAGGGAGUGGUAGACAUCACAAAGCUCUGCCUGAUGGAGAUGAACCAGGCGGACCUGGCCGACACACUGUGGGGCGGAUCUGAUGCUGUCGAGUGCCAACAUAAAAUCAAGUCUAAUUUGAAGAAGAAGUUCACAUGUGUGUUUGAGGGAAUCCCUAAAUCAGGGGAGCAAAGACCUCUGAAUGAGAUCUACACAGAGCUCUACAUCACAGAGAGAGGCAGUGGGGAGGUCAAUAAGGAACAUGAGGUCAGACUGAUUGAAACAGCUUCCAGAAAAACAGCCAAGGAGGAAACAACAGUCAGAUGUGAGGACAUCUUUAAACCCUUACCUGGACAAGAUCAACCAAUCAGGACAAUAAUGACAACUGGAGUAGCCGGCAUUGGGAAAACUGUCUUAACACAGAAGUUUACUCUGGACUGGGCUGAAGGCAAAGCCAACCAUGACAUACACUUCACAUUUCUAAUCACUUUCAGAGAGCUGAAUUUACUGAUAGGGAAAGAGUUUAGCUUGGUGGAACUUCUUCAUCACUUCUUUAUUGAGAACAAAGAAGCAGGAAUCUGCAGAUUCGACCGGUUCCAAGUUGUCUUCAUUUUCGAUGGUGUGGAUGAGUGUCGACUUCCUCUGGAAUUCAAGAACAACCCCAUCUGGACUGAUGUCACGAAGUCCACCUCAGUGGACGUGCUGCUGACAAACCUCAUCAGGGGCCACUUGCUUCCCUCCGCCCACAUCUGGAUAACCGCACGCCCUGCAGCAGCCAAUCAGAUCCCUGCUGAUUGUGUUGACAUGGUGACAGAGGUGAGAGGGUUCACCGACCCACAGAAGGAGGAGUUCUUCAGGAAGAGAUUCAGAGAGGAGACGCUGGCCAGCACAAUCAUCUCCCACGUCAAAAAAUCACGAAGCCUCCACAUCAUGUGCCACAUCCCAGUCUUCUGUCUGAUCACUGCUACAGUUCUGGAGGACUUCUUCAAAACAUCCCAGAGAAAAGAAGAGAUGCCCAAGACCGUGACUCAGAUGUACAGCCACUUCCUGAGGGUUCAGUCCAUGCAGGGGGACAGGAAGUAUCAUGGCAGUGCUGAAACAGAUCCACACUGGAGUUCAGAGAGCAGGGAGAUCAUUGUUUCGCUGGGAAAACUGGCUUUUAACCAGCUGGAGAAAGGCAACCUGAUCUUCUACGAGGCAGACCUGGCAGAGUCUGGUAUCGAUAUCAGAGCAGCCUCAGUGUACUCAGGAGUGUUCACCCAGAUCUUUAAAGAGGAUUGUGUGCUGUACCAGGACAAGGUGUUCUGCUUUGUCCAUCUGAGCAUCCAGGAGUUUCUGGCUGCCCUUUAUGUAUUUUUGUCCUUCAUCGACACUGGGGUCAAUCUGCUCGCAGGGCAACCAGAAACCUGGUUAUGUUUUUUUACAAAGAAAACAAGACUCUACCAGAGUGGUGUGGACAAGGCCUUACAGAGUGAGAAUGGACACCUGGACUUGUUCCUCCGCUUCCUCCUGGGCCUCUCUCUGGAGAACAAUCAGAUUCUCCUAGGUGGUCUACUGGGACAGACAGGAAGUAGAUCAAUAUCCAAUGAGGAAACGGUGUCCUACAUCAAGGAGAAGAUAGGUGGAGAUCUCUCUACAGAGAAAAGCAUCAAUCUGUUCCACUGUCUGAAUGAGCUGAACGACCGUUCUCUAGUGGAGGAGAUCCAACAGUUCCUGACAUCAGGAAGUCUCUCCAGAGAAUCUCUCUCUCCUGCUCAGUGGUCAGCUCUGGUCUUCAUCUUACUGUCAUCAGAAAAGGAGCUGAACAUGUUUGACCUGAAGAAAUACUCUGCUUCAGAGGAGGGUCUUCUGAGGCUGCUGCCAGUGGUCAAAGCCUCCACAACAUCUCUGCUGAAUGGCUGUCAUCUGUCAGAGAGAUGCUGUGAAGCUCUGGCCUCAGUUCUCAGCUCCAACUCCUCUAGUCUGAGAGAGCUGGACCUGAGUACCAAUGAUCUGCAUGAUUCAGGAGUAAAGCUGAUCUCUGAUGGACUGGGGAGUCCACACUGUGUACUGGAAACUCUCAGGCUGAAUGGCUGUCAUCUGUCAGAGAGAUGCUGUGAGGUUCUGGCCUCAGUUCUCAGCUCCAACUCCUCUAGUCUGAGAGAGCUGGACCUGAGUACCAAUAAUCUGCAGGAUUCAGGACUGGAGCUGCUCUCUUCUGGACUGGGGAGUCCACACUGUACACUGGAAACUAUCAGGCUGAAUCGCUGUCAGCUGUCAGAGAGAUGCUGUGAAGCUUUGGCCUCACUUCUCAGCUCCAACUCCUCUAGUCUGAGAGAGCUGGACCUGAGUACCAAUGAUCUGCAGGAUUCAGGAGUGAAACUGCUCUCUGCUGGACUGGGGAGUCCAGACUGUACACUGGAAACUCUCAGGCUGAAUCGCUGUCAGCUGUCAGAGAGAUGCUGUGAAGCUCUGGCCUCAGUUCUCAGCUCAAACUCCUCUCGUCUGAGAGAGCUGGACCUGAGUAACAAUAAUCUGCAGGAUUCAGGAGUGAAGCUGCUCUCUGCUGGACUGGGGAGUCCACAUUGUACACUGGAAACUCUCAGCUUGUCUGGCUGCCUGGUCACACACGAAGGCUGUGCUUCUCUGGCCUCAGCUCUGAGCUCCUACCCCUCCCAUCUGAGAGAGCUGGACCUGAGCUACAAUCACCCAGGAGACUCAGGAGCUGCGCUGCUCUCUGCUGGACUGGAGGAUCCACGAUGGAGACUGGUCACUCUCAGUGUGGAGCAAGGUGGAGUAUGGAGGCUGAAACCAGCUCUAAAGAAGUAUGCCUGUGAACUCACACUGGACCCCAACACAGCCAACGGAAGACUCUCUCUGUCUGAGGACAACAGAAAGGUGACACGGGUUAGAGAGCAGACGUAUCCUGAUCACCCAGAGAGAUUCAAAUUCUGGUCCCAGGUGUUGUGUAGAGAGAGUCUUACUGGCCGCUGUUACUGGGAGGUAGAGAGGGAAGAAGGUGUUUAUAUAGGAGUGACAUACAGAGGAAUCACAAGGAGAGGAGAGGGUGAUGACAGCAGGCUUGGAUGGAACAAAAAGUCAUGGAGUCUUUUAUGUAAUGAAGGUGAUUACUCUGCCCGGUACAACGGUAGAAUGACAGACAUACUUCUCCCCUCCGCUGGCUCUACCAGAGUAGGAGUGUAUCUGGACCGGCCUGCUGGCACUCUGUCCUUCUACAGAGUGUCCCCAGGUGGAGGAGGGUCCUCAGACACACUGACACACAUCCACACCUUCUUGUCCUCCUUCACCCAGGAGGACCUCCUCCCUGGGUUUGGGUUAUUGUUUGGGUCAGUGUCUCUGUGUCGGUUGUAGCAACAGAAACGGACACACACACACACGCACACACACACAAAAAAAAUACAAGUCAUAUUUGCUCAAAUUUCAUUUACUUCAGUAGCUCUUUGAAUAAAUUACUUGCUUAAGUCUAUUUGUGAAUGAAAAAAUUUGAUAGAGAGAUUUAUAGGGGCUAUAUUGACCUUCAUUUGUGUAAUUUUUUAAGAUUGAAUGUGUUAGUGUGUAUUGUGUCAUUUAAAGGGAUACAUGCUAUUUAAUAUUUUGUUAAUGUAUUUUAUACAAGCAUAUACAAUGUUAUCUUAGGCUAUUUACAUUUAUCUUGCUCUGCUUAUUACAACAUUAAAUCAGUUGUUUAAAGUAACUCAGUACUUGAAAAGUAUUUUACUGGAUAGUUUAUUCAUCAUCAAGUAUUUGGUUCACUUCAGUUCAUUCCAUUGCAAUUCUCAAAUACGCUUUAAAAUAAGACUAAUAAAGAAUAAAUACAUUAUAAUAUUCAAUGAUCAUUUCAAAGUGAGCACACCCCAAUCUAAGUGUGCUGUCAUUAUACUUCUAAUGUAUACAAUUGUUCAGGGAAUUAGAUCAAUUAGAUCAAUCUCGUAAUUUGUUAUAAUAUUGUGUUUUAAUACAUUUGGAUCUGCUGUUGACUGCUGCUUGAUGACUCAUUCUGUGCAGUGUGGUUCCAUGUAUGAUUUGCCUCUUGCAGUGUCCUUUUGUUGAAGCCAGUCUAAACUCACUGUCUGUUGAGGGUACAGGAAAUACAACUGUCUUGGAGGCUUUGCGCCCACAGUUUGGAAGCUGGUUUUCUCCAGCGCUUCUGUGCUGUGAACUUUGCAUAUGUAUUACAAUUGACAAUGGUCUGUUAGAAUUCAGCUCAGCAACCCUAAAUGCUCUAAAAUGGGUUCAUCAUUUGUUGAUGUGUUGGGACAGGCUUACUGACUACUAAACCCAUCUUAGUAGAUGUGGCUCAUGCUUCGUAUUUUAUUUCCAAGAAAUUAAAAAAUUUGAAUGGA